GCCUCAGCUCCUUUCCAGGGUAGCAAGCUGUUUGGAGAGGCCCUAGAGGCCAUCCUGGUGCAGACAAAAGACAGGAGAAAGGUACUGCCUUCCCUAUAGAGGCGAGCUGAUCGCCAUCCCUCGGCUUAUUUUCAUAGGCUUUCAUUCAGGCCUACAAACUCCAGCUUUGACACUCCUUGCCCCCAGAGGGUAUAUUCCCACAGACAGGACCGCCAACCAGACAGAUCAGGAUUUAGGGAUAGAAACAGGCAACAGUUCCAGACCAAGCGGCCAUUUCUUGGAUCAGGAGGUCACUCCUUUUGAUGCUCCAGAUUACUGCGAACCCAACCCUCCCAUUGGUGGCUGCCUAAGUCUAUUCGCAGACUAAUGAGAGGCGACCAUGACAGAUACUUGGGUCCUGAACACAGUGAGACUAGGUCUCACCCACUCCACACCCUGAGAUUCUUCAUCUGUUACCCCAUCUCAAGGGACAACACAAAAAGAGGCCUCAUGGAGACCGCAAUCCAACAUUUGUUGGACAUUCAAACUAUCCAGCCGGUCCCAACAGGGGCAAGGGUUCUACUCCAUCCUAUUUGUAGUCCCAAAGACCUCAGGCGGGUGGAGAGCAAUUCUAGACCUGAAAAGAUUGAACAUCCACCUGGCUUACAGGAGAUGCAGUCCCUCCAGUCCAUUAUGGUGAGCAUCCAAGAAGGCGACUUCAUAACAUCCAUAGACCUGACGGAGGCAUAUUUUCAUGUGCCUAUCCUACCGUCCCACUGGUGGUUCCUGAGGUUCUGUUAUGCAGGCUGACACUAUCAAUACAAGGCCCUACCAUUUGGCCUGUCCUCAGCGCUCAGAAUUUUCACCAAAUUACUGGCACACCUCAGGGCAAUUCCCGUGUGCAUCCAAUGUUACCUGGACGAUAUAUUGAUACAGUCCUCCUCUCACCUCAGAGCAACAGAGGAUCUGCGAGUCACAAUUCGGGCCCUCCAGGAUCACGGAUUUUCUGUCAAUUUCAAGAACCACCUGGCUCCUACCACCUGAUUACUAUACCUGGAGCAGUCAUAGAUACCUCAUCAUGCAAGGUUUCCCUGUCUCAGGAACGCUAGGACAGCAUAAAGGACUUGGCAAGUUGGAUGUGUACGAAUUGAACAGUGUCUCUGGCUCUCCUCUCACAAUUCCUGGGCAAAAUGGUGUCCUGCAUAUCAAUAGUCCCUUGGGCAUGCCUGCACACCAGAACCUUACAGUGGUUCCUCCUGCUCUACCAAAGGUCUGGUAUGCAGAUCUGGUCAGCCUGUCAGUAUCCAGGCCCUGGAGGAUCCCUCAGGAAAGAAUCUCCCUCAGUCGGAGGCCUUGGUUCAUCCAGAACCACAGUGGCUCCAAUUGAUCAUCUGGCAUUUGAGCAGAGAGUUCUGGGACAGCUCAAUUUCUCCAACAAAGUCAUACAGACGAUCCAGGUCUCUAGGAGGCCUUCAACCAACAGAAUCUAUGAUUCAACUUGGAGGGCCUUCUGUGGCUGGUGCUCCAAGGGUCACAUUGAUCCCACUUCUGUAUCAGUGGCCCAGUUCCUGGAAUUCCUUCAGGAGGGGCUGGACAAGAGUCUAUUCCCUAAUACCAUACACAGACAAGUAGCAACUCUGGCCUCAGUGUUAUCCUGUGGGGAUCUGGAGUCCCUCGCUCUACACCCGACGUUGCGCAGAUUCAUUAGAGGUGCAACAAACCUGAAGCCUCCUGUGGUACAUAGGAACCCUACCUGGGACCUGCCUAAAGUACUACAAGCUCUCAUCUCAGCACCAUUCGAUCUGUUACAGGAAGCCUGCUCUUUCUCACUUUCAAGGUGGCCUUCCUUGUGGCCAUCACUUCGACCAGACAAAUAUCUGAACUGGUGGCCCUCUCCAUAAGAGAGGGCCUUCGCAUAUUCCAUCCAAACAAGAUGAUUCUGCGGUUGGAUCCCUCCUUCCUCCCCAAGGUGAAUUCCUCAUUCCACAGGACACAGGAAAUAAUCUUGCCAGACUUCUGCCCAAGCCCAACCCACACCCGGGGGAAAAAAUGGUACACCUUGGGCGUUAGGAGGGCCCUCCGCACCUACAUCAAGAGGACAGC